GUGAUAAAUUCCUAGCGGUUAAAGCGUAUAACAUUCUCAAUGAGUGUUACAAAACAACACUUUGCCUGAGAUUUCCGCCGAAUGCUUUAGCCGCUGCAUCAAUACUCCUUGCAUCAAAAUUGUUGCAUAAAGAAAAUUUUCCUGAAAAUAAAGGAAGCAUACCAUGGUAUACUGUUUUUUUAUGUAAAAUUGAGGAUAUAGAAGAUCAUUUCAUAUUAGAAGCUUCGUUGGAUAAGGACGACCCACUAAGUUCAGAAUAUAUGCGAUUAAGAUUUUCCAUAAAAUCAGUACCAAGUUCUCAUGAUCUAAUUACAGAAAAUCCUCAACCAUUAAUGCCAACUGUUGAAGGAGAACAAAAAAACAUUAUACUGUUAGAUACAUGUUUA